UCCCUCUAACUUACUCUCUCCAUCUCCCUCUGCUUUUUUCUCCUUUUCUUUUACCAAAAAUUAAAUAAAGAAUUAAGUAUGAAAAUCCCACUUUACCUUUUGAUACUUCUUCCUCUACUCGCUCCAGACAUCACAUUAUGUUCACCAGUCCAAAAUCCUCAAUCAGUAGUCCAAGAAGUUAAUGAAAAAAUCAAUGCAUCGAGAAGGAAUUUGGCAUUACUGUCUUGUGCCACUGGCAAUCCAAUUGAUGAUUGUUGGAGGUGCGAUCCCAAUUGGGAGAAAAACCGGCAGCAUUUAGCGGAUUGCGCAAUCGGAUUUGGGAAACACGCCAUUGGUGGGAGAGAUGGUAAAAUAUAUGUUGUGACGGACUCUGGAGACAACGCCGUUAAUCCAAAACCGGGCACUUUGAGAUAUGGGGUGAUCCAAAAUGAGCCGUUAUGGAUUAUUUUCUCCCGUGAUAUGGUGAUUAAGCUUAAGCAAGAACUGAUGAUGAAUUCAUUCAAGACCAUUGAUGGUAGAGGUGCAAGUGUACACAUUGCAGGAGGGGGAUGUAUUACUGCACAAUACGUGACAAAUAUUAUAAUCCAUGGCCUAAAUAUACAUGACUGCAAGCAGAAAGGGAAUGCAUAUGUCAGGGACUCACCAGAUCACUAUGGAUGGAGAACUCCAUCCGACGGUGAUGGGGUGUCAAUAUUUGGUGGCAGCCAUGUUUGGGUCGAUCAUUGCUCCUUGUCUAAUUGUCGUGAUGGACUGAUCGAUGCCAUCCAUGGCUCGACUGCAAUCACGAUAUCGAAUAACUACCUAACACAUCACGAUAAGGUCAUGCUCUUGGGACAUAGCGAUACUUAUACGCGUGACAAGAACAUGCAAGUCACAAUUGCAUUCAACCAUUUCGGUGAAGGGCUUGUGCAGAGAAUGCCAAGGUGUAGACAUGGGUAUUUUCAUGUGGUGAACAAUGACUAUACUCUCUGGGAAAUGUAUGCAAUUGGGGGUAGUGCAGAUCCUACAAUCAACAGCCAAGGCAACAGAUUUCUAGCUCCUAAUGAUAGAUUUAACAAAGAGGUUACCAAACACGAGGAUGCACCAGAGAGCGAGUGGAAGAAAUGGAACUGGAGAUCCGAAGGCGACCUAAUGCUCAACGGUGCCUUCUUCACCCUGUCUGGUGCAGGAGCAUCUUCAAAUUAUGCCAAGGCAUCGAGCUUAAGUGCAAGACCAUCUUCUCUUAUCGGUUCAAUGACAAUGGGAGCAGGUGCGCUUCUAUGCAAGAAGGGUAAAGGUUGCUAAUUAGCUUCGUUUCAUUGGAUCGAAGAUUCAAUCUCAGAGAAAAUCAUAGAAUGGUCAACUCUAUUUACAUGUGAUUUUGGCUUCUACUCUUCAUGAUAUAGAAUUUGGUACAACCUCAGCUGUUUCUUCUCCACCAAAAAAAUAAAAAUAAAAGAAUGUCCUGAUGGAAUUGAUAGGGAACAAAGGCUGGUGAGUUGAUUAUUCCAUUGUAAUUUUCGACCAUAGUAUUUAAGUUUGGACAGAUCCAAUGCAAAUGUUACAUUGUACCAUUCCUACUAAAUUAAUUGGUAUGCGUUCUACAUUUUCAGCUGGUCUGGCAAGACAGACCCUAGCUAGUUUGCAAAAUAUUGGACAAUUCUAAAAAUAAGAGAAACACUGUUAAAUCCA